AUGAUUCAGAUUGAGAGGCUCCCUCCCCUGGCUAUUCCCAGCGGCCAAACCGCAUCCGUCAGUCUCAUCGACACCACCUGUACUAUCGAUCACAUCGACUUGCAUUACCUAGUUGGGCCGCCGGUAGAGGGCGUCAGCAAACUACCCUGUAUGCCCGUGUACUCGUUCUUGGUGGAAAACUUGACAGGACGAAAGGUCCUGUUUGAUUUGGGCCUUCGCAAAGAUCGUCAAAACCUGGCUCCCUCUGUGACAGCCGGCCUGGCAAAAGCAAGCUUUGAGGUGAACGCCACAAAGGAUGUGCCUGGUAUUCUCGCAGAGCAUGGCUAUCGACUCCAGGACAUUGAGGCCAUUAUUUGGAGUCAUCAGCACUGGGACCAUACUGGUGACCCGUCUUGCUUUCCAGAUAGCGUCAAACUCGUGGUUGGGCCGGGAUUUCAGAAAGCGUAUAUGCCGGGCGCACCGGCACGCAAAGAUUCUCCCAUCUCGGAGUCUGAUUACCGAGGAAAAGAGAUCGUGGAGAUUAACUUUGACCAGCAAGGCUGCACACGGCUGAGCGGCUUCAAAGCUCAUGACUACUUUGAAGACGGAUCGCUUUAUUUACUAGAUGCACCAGGUCAUGCGGUCGGGCACAUCAUGGCAUUGGUGCGCACCACUACUGACCCCGACACUUUUGUCUGUUUGGGUGCCGAUGCAGUUCACGACACCGGCGAGCUUCGACCGUCAAAAUAUGUUCCGGUGCCUGAAUCGAUUCCUUUCCCCAGCCAUACCCACAUGUUAGGAGGAAUGACUACGUGUCCAGGCGUCUGGGUAGAGCGCUUGCAAGCGGAACGUGGAAGAACCCCUGACCAAAGCCUCUUUGUCACGGUGCACAAUCAUAGUAUACCUGAUGCGGUGGAGACGAUUUCAAAAUUACAGAGGUUGGACUGUGACAACAACAUCUUCGUGGUUUAUUCGCACGAUGAAGCAUUGAAGGGAGUGUUGGAUGAGUUUCCAAGGACAUUUAAUCGGUGGAAGCAGAUGGGAUGGGACAAGCAAAGUAGGUGGCUGUUCCUGAGACAUUAUGUGCCAGAGUUGAGAGCUGCAAAAGAGUCAACCGGAUAG